AUGGAAAGUGGCUGCGGUGAGGGUUUCCUCGCCAACCUCGCUCCUUCCAUCCCCCGGCACCGCUACACAGGAAUAAGUGAUUUCCUACUCGAGUUUGAUGAACAGUCAGAAAAGAACGCAAGCGAAUGGUUUCUCUUGACUGAUAUUGACGAAAAAGUCUUUACUGUUGGCUUUCUGAAUACCACUGACGACACACACAUCGCCUUCUGGCUCUGGGUAUCAUUUGAUCCUUUGUCCCGCCUUCUUCUCUUCAAAAUGCCUCCAUCUCCAGCUCAUGAAAUCGCCUCGCUUACCUUCGCACGUUUAUUUGACGACUCCCUCCAGCAAAUCGGUCUCAAAUAUGCCAUCAAACAGUUGGGAUCCUCUCCGUAUGGCGAGGGAAAUCGUGGAAGAAAGAUGGCAGACUUCGAAUGGGCUCCAAAGAGACCGCCGCCAGGUCAUCAUCGAAACGCACCAACCAUGGUCCUAGAAGUGGCCCUGACAGAAACACAGUCGAAGCUGAACUCGGAUGUGCGCUUCUGGCUUGAUCAAGCAAGACACGAUGUGAACAUCGCCCUCACUCUCGCCAUCGGCCAGCGCGAGCCAAGAAUCACGAUUGAGAAGUGGGAACGGGUCGAUGAUAGAAUCCAUCGCACACAGAAAAUCGACAUUCACCACCAAGGCCAGCGCAAUACAACGGUAGUUACUGGUGGACCACUCAAACUUGACUUCGCAAAAGUGUUUCUACGGGCACCGGCAACUCCGAAGGAAAGAGAUAUAGUACUUGACGACGAACAAUUGCAAUUCCUUGCAGAGGAAAUCUGGGAGACACAAGAGGCAUCCCAACGAUGA